UUGGCAUAUACACGCAAAAUGAGCAGCAGCCCCAGGCAGCCAGUAGCGAGCUGAGUCAGCUAAGGAAUUCAACAGGUACCUAUAGACGUUCCCCACUUUCUCUGUCACUCUUCCAGCGCGGACCGACUGCAUUGCACUCAUUCUGUGUGAUGGAUGGAUUUAAAGACUCCACAGAUUAGAAAAAGGUCACUCUGCAGUAAUCUCUGGCAUCUGGAAUAUUGCACCUGGGAGAUAUAUUUCCAUUGGUUUGGCGCAAUUUAAAGACAUCAAAACGUGUUCUUCAUUAAGCAGCAGCAUUCUGCCCAUCAUGAAGAGGUCCCUUCCUGUCCCGGGCUGGGUCGGAGCGGCAAGCUUGUUCCUGUGUUUGACGCAGACCAUCCUGGCCAUGGUCCUCAAUAACUCCACGCAGCUGGAAUCCAUGCUGGACAAGUACAGGGACAGGGACGAGGAGUGGUGGAGGGCUAGGUCAAGGGGGAGGAGGGCCAUCAGCGAGGGGGACAUGCACCUCAUCCUGGACUUGCACAACAAGCUGCGGGGUCAGGUCCACCCUCCUGCCUCCAACAUGGAGUACAUGGUAUGGGAUUACGAGCUAGAGAGGAGCGCGGAGCACUGGGCACAUACCUGCCGAUGGGAACAUGGACCGAGCCACAUGUUGACACAAAUAGGCCAAAACCUUGGAGCGCACUGGGGCAGGGAUCGCCCCCCUACCUUCCAUGUCCAGGCCUGGUAUGAUGAGGUGAGGCACUACAGCUAUCCCUACUCCCAGGAAUGCAACCCACACUGCCCAUUCAGAUGUUCAGGACCUGUUUGUACUCACUACACUCAGUUGGUGUGGGCGACUAGCAAUCGUAUUGGCUGUGCCAUCAACGUGUGUUACAACAUGAACGUGUGGGGGAUGAUCUGGACUAAAGCCGUCUACCUGGUCUGCAACUACUCUCCACCGGGCAACUGGUGGGGUCAUGCUCCAUACAAAUAUGGAACUCCCUGUUCUGCCUGUCCAGCUAGCUAUGCUGGAGGCUGCAGGGACAAUCUCUGCUACAAAGAUGGCGGGGUUGACAGGCGUCCAGCUCCUGAGACUGAGGAGACCAACUACAUUGAACCGGAACCGGAACCAGUGAGGGACAGGGAGCCCCAACCCAGGGCCCAGACACCAAACCCCUCGCCCAAUGACAACCUAGAGAGAAACCAGGUUGUCAGCACAGAGCAGAUGUGUCAACAGGUCGACUGUGAGACCAAGCUGAGAGAUCAGUGCAAGGGGACCACCUGUAACAGAUAUGAGUGUCCGCCAGGUUGCAUCGACAGCCCUGGAAAAGUGGUUGGGACUGGAUAUUAUGACAUGCAAUCCAGCGUGUGUGGAGUUGGUUUACACUCUGGUGUUAUUGACAAUGAUGGAGGAUGGCUGGAUGUGACCAGACUGGGCAGAAAGCAACAAUUCACUAAGUCAUACAAGAAUGGUAUUCAAUCAAUUGGGAAAAACAGAAGUGCAAAUUCCUUCAAAGUAGAAUCGGUGCCUGUCAAGGCUCUAUCAUGCGACACCACCGUUGCACUUUUCUGCCCUUUCAAGAAACCUGUAAGACACUGUCCCAGGUCGUAUUGUCCCAGGAACUGUCUGCGUGACAGUCGGGCCCGAGUCGUUGGGACAAACUACUACUCAGAUAAAUCCAGUAUCUGCCGAGCAGCUGUUCAUGCUGGAGUGAUCCAGAAUGAGUCAGGAGGUUACCUCGAUGUGAUGCCUGUGGAUAAAAGGAAGCAGUACAGUGGCAGCUACCAGAAUGGCAUCACUUCAGAGAGCCUACUGAACCCAACAAGUGGAAAAGCCUUCAGAGUGUUCGCAGUCAUCUGAAAACCACAGAGUACCAUCCAACAUUGCCACUUCACAUCCAGCAAACCCACUCAUUACCAUCUUGCAACCUGUAAUUACAUUGCUUGCUACGAUAAAUAAUUCGGCUUCUGAUAUUUAAAAGUGUAACAUGACUUUGCUCAAGGUUUCCCCUCUACGUUUGGUCAUGAGCGAACCUGUAUCAAAUUAUAUUUCAGCAAAGGCCGUUUGGUGAAUGAUGGUCCGGGACGUCUUUUGCAUUACGUCUCUCCUACAUUUCUAGUGCUGACCGCAAUAACCACGUUGGGCUGCCAUGCAACUUUCUGACAUGAUAUCAUGACUUCAUUUACUUUUUAUCACUCAAAGUACAAUAUACACACCACCAGAUUUAGCACCGCUCCAAAUGCCCACCACCAUUUGAGAACGUGAAGGUCAAAAUAUAAAACCUCAGAGAUUUUACCAAAGUAAUUUUAGACAUAGUAUGCCUCAGCUCUGUGUAGACACACACCAUCUAAAUAAUGGGACAGUCAGAUACAGAGUCAUAAAAUCUGUUCUGGUGUCUUGUGGGAACAAAAUUAGACUACUAUUUGGUCAAACCAUCUGGGCUGAAAUGAACUCCCAGGCUGCAUUUGAUGCCCAUCACACUAGCCCAAAACACCGUCUUGUAUAUAUGCUAUGGAGGACCAAACCAGUGAGAUUAUUAAAUAAAAUUACAAAUGUUUUUUUCUUUUCUUUGUAUGAGCAGGAUUUCUCUGUCCUUCAGCAGAAUGUGUUGUUUUCCUUUAACAGGACUGUUUUAAUGUGUGUGACCUGAUUUAUUUGGUCUUCAGUUUGUAAAACAAUUUGUUUUCUUUGAGUACAGAAGCUAAGGAGACCGUAUUCCUGCUUGACAUCUGUUUAUACAUCUAAUCACUAUAUGUAUGUUACAUUUGGCAGUUUUAUCUUAAUUGGUCCAGGAUCAUCUGUUACAGUUUUUAAAACUCUGAUUUCUAUAACAUUUUGCAAAAAUAAUAACCACCACUGCAAUUAACGUUUACUGGCAUGAGUUGUAUUCUACUUCUAGAAAAGAUCUUUCUGUCAAAUCUUAUUGCAGAAGUUGCAAUUGGAUGAUUCUUUUUAUGUUCAAUGUUUUAAAGUUCAACUCUGUUUUAGAUUAUCCAUGCAUAGCAACUACAGUAAAUGGUUAUGGUAAAAAUAUUGUAAAUAAACUCUGACUACACUGAGGUUACGGUUAGGCAACUCAAAUCCUUGGUCAAGGCUGGAGAACGUUUACAGUUUCAUAAGCUAACAUUGAUUGUUGGUCUGAAAGAGGGGCAUCUCUUGAAGACAUCACGUCAGCAAACUUUGCUUUUAUGCACGCUUACCUGAGCUGCCUAGCAGCAUCAUGUGUGUUGGGAAUGAUCCAUGUGGCUAUAUUCCAAAAUGUUGCAUAUUAAAGAUAUAAUUACCAUAAAUCAGACCAUACACACACAAGGAGAGUGAUUUUUUCCAAGUCUUGACCUCCAUAUAUCACUUUUCAUCACAGCGGUUUUAUAAUAUAUUAACAAUGCAGGCAGUUAAAUACAGAUUGUAUAUUUCUGUACAUAAUAAUGUUGUAAAUAAUAUUGAACACUAUGUAAUGCUUGCUACUGUUGUCUUUUUCAUUAACAUUUCUAACACAUUGCCAGCCAUACAAAGAGCAACACAAGCCACCAGCAGUAGAUGCUGAAACAGAUUCUGCAUGCAAACCAUAUAUUUGUCACUCAAGCUUUCAUUUUUUAUAAAGGACAAUCAUUAUAUUCAUAUGUCUGUAAAUAUUGUUUAUGUAACAUAUUGUUUUAUUUUAUACUGCAUUUCCCAGCUUUUGUUAAUAGAUUUAUAUAAAUGGACCCUGGCUGGCCAGGAAUGUGCAUGGCAAAAUCACAAU